AGGAAGUGCUUUUUACAAGGGUAUAGGGAAAAUACAGCCAAAAAGUCAAGUUAAGAAACAAGGGGAACAGAGUCAAACAGGAUAUCUGUGGUUAUGCACCUGGGCCCCGGCCCGAGGCAAAGGGCGGAUAGUUCCCAGAAAUAGACAAGUCAGUUAAAGUUUCAAGAGUGCCCCUCAGCUGUUUCAAGGACUCCCACUUGACCGAAGUUCACCCCUGGCUUGAUUUAAACUAACCAAUUACCUUGCUUCUCGCUUCUGUACCCGCGCUUUUUGCUAUAAAAAGGACCCAGGAGCUCUACUCGGCGCGCCAGUCUUUCGAAAGACUGAGUCGCCCGGGUACCUGUGUGUUCAAUAAACCUCUUGUUUUUGCAUCCGAAGCCGUGGUCUCGCUGUUCCUUGGGAGGGUCUCCCUGAACUGACUGACUACCCACUGCGGGAGUCUUUCAUUUGGGGGCUCGUCCGGGAUCGGAGACCCCCACCCAGGGACCACCGACCCACCAACGGGAGGUGAGCUGGCCAGCAGUCGUUCUGUGUCUCGUUUCUGUGUCUCGUCUCUGUGUCUGACUCAGUGAUUUCGACUGUCUUUUCUGAGCGCGCGCAUUUUGGUUUCAGUUUGUUCCGGGUUAGUCGCUCUGGGAGCGAAGUGCGGGUAGCGAACAGACGUGUUCGGGGGCUCGCCACCCGGCAAUCCUGGGAGACGUCCCAGGAUCAGGGGAGGACCAGGGACGCCUGGUGGACCCCUUGGCAGAGGAUUAUUGUGUUUUGGUCUCACCGCGUCUCGGGAGGCGCGCUCUGCCAUCGGACUCUUUCUUCUAUUUCUACGGCACUCGGUCUCGUCGCCGUUUCUGGUUUCUUUUUGUCUUAGUUGUGAUAGGUCUUUGCGUCGUCGUUCCCCUAUUGGAAAUUUUCGAGAUGGGGCAAAGUGCCCUUACGCCCCUCUCCCUUACUCUAGAUCAUUGGAAAGAUGUCAAAGCCAGGGCUCACAAUCUGUCCAUGGAGAUCAAAAAAGGAAAAUGGCAGACUUUCUGUUCGUCUGAGUGGCCCACAUUCGGCGUAGGUUGGCCGCCAGAGGGAACCUUUGAUCUUACUGUCAUUUUUGCAGUUAAAAAGAUUGUUUUUCAGGAGACCGGAGGACACCCGGACCAGGUUGCCUGUGUCGUGGUAUGGCAAGACCUCGCCCAGAAUCCCCCUCCCUGGGUGCCACCCUCCAGCAAAGUCGCUGUUGUUUCGGGAUCAGAAAAUACUCAAAGGCCACCUACAAGGAAGCCUUCCGCCCCUCCCCAACCCCCCGUCCUCCCGACACCAGAUGACCUAUUUUCUCUCUCUGAAACCCCACCUUACCCGGCGGCUCCGCUGCCCCCUCUGGCCCCUCAGGGAAACAGAUCGGCACCAGGCCGAGCGCCCGGUGAUCCUAGCCCUGAGGGACCGGCUGCGGGGACUAGGAGCCGCCAACCUCGCAGUCCGAGAGACGGCUCCGGUCCUGACUCCACCGUAGCUUUGCCCCUCCGAGCCAUAGGGCCCCCAGCUGAGCCUAAUGGCUUGGUCCCUCUACAGUAUUGGCCUUUUUCCUCAGCAGAUCUUUACAAUUGGAAGUCUAACCACCCGUCUUUUUCUGAAAAACCAGCAGGACUCACGGGACUUCUUGAGUCCCUUAUGUUCUCUCACCAGCCCACUUGGGACGAUUGCCAACAGCUACUCCAGAUCCUCUUCACCACUGAAGAGCGAGAAAGGAUUCUUCUGGAGGCCCGCAAGAACGUUCUCGGGGACAACGGGGCCCCUACACAACUCGAGAACCUCAUUAAUGAGGCCUUCCCCCUCAAUCGACCUCAAUGGGAUUACAACACGGCCGAAGGUAGGGAGCGUCUUCUGGUCUACCGCCGGACUCUAGUGGCAGGUCUCAAAGGGGCAGCCCGGCGCCCCACCAAUUUGGCUAAGGCUUUAGAAGUUGUAAAAACCCAGAUCUGGGACCAGAUCAAGGAGGUAUACGAGCCAGGUGCCGUGGCCAUCCCUCAUCCGUUCCAGGUCGGAGACCAAGUGCUGGUCAGACGCCAUCGACCCAGCAACCUUGAGCCUCGGUGGAAAGGCCCGUAUCUGGUAUUGCUGACCACCCCGACCGCAGUAAAAGUUGAUGGCAUUGCAGCCUGGGUACAUGCUUCUCACCUCAAGCCUGCGCCACCCUCCGUACCAGAUGAAUCCUGGGAGCUGGAGAGGACUGAUAAUCCUCUUAAGUUGCGCAUUCGGCGGCGGCGGAGCAAGCCUACCAAGUAAUAACCCUAACCAGCCCAACACCCUCACCUGGCAGGUACUGUCCCAAACUGGAAAGGUUGUCUGGUUCAAGACAGAAGUCCACCCCCUUUGGACUUGGUGGCCCUCCCUUACCCCUGAUAUAUGUGCCCUGGCGGCGGGUCUCGAGGCUUGGGAUAUUCCAGAAAUUGAUGCACCGGCCUCUAAAAGAGUCAGGCCUCCUGACUCAAACUAUGAAAAUGCUUAUAACCAGAUCAAAUAACUCCCCUUGGUUGACCACCCUACUGUCAACCAUCGCCGGGCCCCUAUUACUCCUCCUUCUGUUGUUCACCCUUGGGCCCUACGUCAUCAAUAGACUAGUCCAAUUCAUCAAUGAUAGGGUAAGUGCAGUUAAGAUUCUGGUCCUUAGGCAAAAAUACCAAACCUUAAAUGGCGAAGAUAACUUUUAAUUCCGCUCUAAGAUUAGAGCGAUCCACAAGAGAAAUGGGGGAAUGAAGGAAGUGCUUUUUACAAGGGUAUAGGGAAAAUACAGCCAAAAAGUCAAGUUAAGAAACAAGGGGAACAGAGUCAAACAGGAUAUCUGUGGUUAUGCACCUGGGCCCCGGCCCGAGGCAAAGGGCGGAUAGUUCCCAGAAAUAGACAAGUCAGUUAAAGUUUCAAGAGUGCCCCUCAGCUGUUUCAAGGACUCCCACUUGACCGAAGUUCACCCCUGGCUUGAUUUAAACUAACCAAUUACCUUGCUUCUCGCUUCUGUACCCGCGCUUUUUGCUAUAAAAAGGACCCAGGAGCUCUACUCGGCGCGCCAGUCUUUCGAAAGACUGAGUCGCCCGGGUACCUGUGUGUUCAAUAAACCUCUUGUUUUUGCAUCCGAA